AUGUCUGGGGAAUCUGGAUUCACCUUUCUGCCUCUCGGAGCCAUCAUCCAGGAGUUCUGCGUGGGAGAGAAGAAUCUCGUUCUUGGCUUCAACACCCAGGACCAGUAUGAUAAAUACAACUCGCCUCACUUUGGCGCAACAAUAGGUCGCGUGGCCAACAGGAUCAAGGAUGCCGUCAUCCAAAACCUGAAUGGUCGGGACUACACCUUGGCCAAAAACAACGGGCCCAACUCACUACAUGGCGGGGAGAAAGGCUGGGGCAAGCGCGUCUUUGACGGCCCUCAGACCGUGAAGCGCGAUGGCAAGGAUGCCCUGCUGUUCAAGUACCUCAGCAAGGACGGCGAGGAAGGCUUUCCCGGCACAGUGGAAGUGCGGGUCUGGUACACGGCCAGUAAGGAGGAUAGCGACAGUCCCAGCUCCAAGACAGUCCUAACUACCGAGUAUGAGGUUGAGUUUGUGGGCGACGAGUGUGAGGAGACGGUUGUCAACAUGACCAACCAUAGUUAUUUCAACCUCGGCAACGGCCCUACCAUCGAAGGCACCAAGGCCCAAUUGUCCACCGCCGACUACCUGCCCGUCGACUCCACCGGCAUCCCGCUUGGCAACAUCGACAAAUUCCCUCUGGACGUGUCCAAGCCCUUCGUCCUCGGCGCGGCCGACCCUGACAUUGACGAUGUGUUCCUGAUGGAGACCGAUCCAUCCAAGGUCGUUUUGGACUCGCGCAGUCAGCCCUUGAAACUGCUGGCGCAGUUCAGCCACCCGGACACGGGCCUGCACCUGGAGGUACACAGCACCGAGCCCGCGUUCCAGUUCUACACGGGCAAAUACAUCGACGUGCCCGCGAUGGACGGACUGCCACAGCGCGUGGCUAGAGCUGGCUUCUGCGUGGAACCCAGCCGAUAUGUCAAUGCGCCCAACGAGCCGGCAUGGCGGCCAAUGGUGCUUUUGAAAAAGGGACAGAUUUUCGGAUGCAAGACCGUGUACAUGGCCUGGAAGGCAUGA